GCGAUGACACGGAGAACUAUGUUCCAGAAGGGGGAGGUGCAUAACAAACCGUCAGGAUUCUGGGGAAUGAUAAAAAGUGUUACCACUUCAGCACCAGGAAGUGAAAAUCUUACUCUUAUUCAACAGGAAGUGGAUGCUUUGGAAGAACUAAGCAGGCAGCUUUUUCUGGAAACAGCUGAUCUAUAUGCUACCAAGGAGAGAAUAGAAUACUCAAAAACUUUCAAGGGGAAAUACUUUAAUUUUCUGGGUUACUUUUUCUCUAUUUACUGUGUUUGGAAAAUUUUCAUGGGAACAGAAGGCAAGCUGAAGACAAAGCAGAAGCUGACACCCCACAACUCCCCCUCCAUGGGAUCUAUGUGACAGUCCUCAGGCACUCCU